GACACAACAAGCUGGAAAGUCUCAGCUAACUGAUUUUUAAAGGACAAACGAUUCAAAAUGAUCAGAGGACAUCUUUAGUAGAUCUUUUCUGAAUUAUGAAUGUAACUUCUGACAAGUCCACUGUGCCACUCCACUGCUGAGAGAAGCUCCCCGUGUGAUGGAUCAGCUUUGCGCAACAGGUUCUCCAAAGAACAUUUAAGCUCGAACUCCGAUCCAUGUAGGGAACAAAAAGAAGCAUGCUGUCACCGCUUUGGCCCUUUGGCAUCGAGCAGGAGAUCAACUCAUGGGAUGUAGUGGAUGCAGAUUCAGGGUCAACUUUGGGAAGGCGCUGUCCAAAGUCUCGGUCUUUUUCACCAUGGUCCUAAUCUUCACCUACUUCUUCUACUGCCUCACCGGAUUUUGUGAUUCGGCUCCAAGAGCUGCAUACAGACAACAAACUUCAGACUUGGACUAUGACAUUUUGGACGAUCUGCGGUCACCCCGGCGUCUCUUCCCCGAUGCGCCGUUUCAGCGCAACCGUACAGGCUCCGCGGACGCUCCGGCUGAGCCGUCACAGAAUACGUUGGACAGCGAAAAGGAGACUGCCAAGAGCAACGGCAUCCCCGUGUCCAACACUUUCGGGACCAAAAGGUUUCCGCAGGCGAUUAUAAUCGGCGUGAAGAAAGGAGGGACUCGCGCCCUGCUGGAGUUUCUCCGCAUCCACCCGGACGUAAGAGCGUUCGGCGCGGAGCCGCACUUCUUCGACAGGUUUUACGACAAAGGGCUGGAGUGGUACAGGAACCUGAUGCCUCGGACACUCGACGGGCAGAUCACUAUGGAGAAGACACCCAGCUACUUUGUCACCAAAGAAGCUCCAAGUCGCAUCUGCACUAUGAAUUGUCAAACCAAGCUUAUUGUCGUCGUCAGGGAUCCGGUGACGAGGGCUGUGUCUGACUACACCCAGACGCUGUCCAAGAACCCAGGCCUUCCAUCCUUCCAGAGCCUCGCUUUGAAAAACUCCUCCACAGGUUUGAUUGAUACCACGUGGAGUGCUGUGCGCAUCGGCCUCUAUGCCAAGCACCUGGAGAACUGGCUCCAGUACUUCCCUUUGUCUCAUUUUCUGUUUGUUAGCGGCGAACGACUGGUGUCUGAUCCAGCUGGGGAGAUGGGCCGAGUUCAGGACUUCCUAGGUUUGAAAAGGGUUGUUUCGGACAAGCACUUCUACUUCAACCAGACAAAAGGUUUUCCCUGCUUGAAGAAGCCAGAGGGGAGCAGCAGACCCCGCUGCCUCGGAAAGUCUAAAGGCAGACCUCAUCCCCAGAUCCCCUCUGAGGUACUGCAGAGACUCAGAGACUUCUACAGGCCCUUCAACCACCGUUUCUACCAGAUGAGCGGACAGGACUUUGGCUGGGACUAAGCAAGAGUCUUCUUUGUGGAGAGAUGCUCAUUAACUGUUUCCACAGGGCUAAUGUUCUCAGGUACGAGGAGAGACAAAGUCCAUUCUGCCUCAGUGGAGUCAACACGACAUGCAGCACUCAUGAACUGUCACUGUUUUGUUGUAUGUUGAGGCUCAGACGGACAUAGUGCUGCUAAUAUGAAAACGACACAUUUAGUUAAUGGCUUAAAUAUAUAACCGUUAAACCGUUUUUGACAUUCUUUAUGUACAGAUUAGAAGAAAAGGUGAUAUUUAUAGUUUCUGUUGAAUACAACAGGUAUUUUUUUAUUAUUAUUAAAGAAGUGUAUUUAUUACGUGACAAAGCAGGACAUAAAACCGACAUCUGACAGGACAUUGGGAAUAAUGUCAUACUCUUUGCCUGCAUUUACAUAUUUUCCAGUCUUUUGAAUGCUACAUACGGUUUGAUGUUGCAGGACAUUCCUCAGUGCAUUGCAGUUGAUAUACCAAUGAUACCUCAUUUGUAAAUAUUAAGUCGAAACCAUACGUAGACACAUUCCAUUUGUAAGUAUUUUCCAAUAAAAGCUGCAUCAUAUUUUAUAUUGUAAUUCUUGGACGGGAUCAAUUGUAUCAGCUGUUACUCACAAUAAAUUGCUACUUUUGAUCUGUGAAUAUUCUGAACCACUGUAACUGUAAAAAAAAAAGUGUUCAAAUUACAGUGUAUAAAAAAAUGUGCCUCUGAUUCUCUGUGUUGUGAAGUAAACUUUUAU